UGACGGUGACGGUGACGGUGACGGUGAUGGUGAUGGCGGUGCCGGCUGGGGUUGAGUUGUCGGCGCUGGAGGAGACGCUGGGCCUGGGGCUGGGCGGCGGCGGGGAGCGGCGGUACCGCCAGGGCGAUGGCGGGGUUCCGGUGCUACAGACAAACAACAGGCCUGAUUUGGCGGGGUUGACAACCAUUGCAUCACAUCUCGUAAAAGUAGCCAAAAAAGAGGAGCUAUUGGGAACUACCCCUGAAAAGAGUGCUAUAGUUCAGCAGUGGCUUGAAUAUAGGGUGACUCACAUAGACCAGUGUAACACUCAAGAUGAUAAAAGGACGAUUUUAAAGGAUCUCAAUUGCUAUCUUAAAGAUAAGGUUUACCUGGCAGGAAACAACUUCACUUUAGCAGAUAUCAUGUUGUACAACGGUCUUCAUCCUAUUGUGGCUGGACUGACUCAUGAAGAUCGAGAAAAACACGUGAAUGUGUCGCGAUGGUUCAACCACAUCCAACAUUAUCCUGGAGUCCGACAACAUUCUGCUGCUGUCAUCUUUAUGAAAAACAGGCUCUACCCUACUGUCCACUAGAAAAGCUGCACACCGUGGGGUUGUAUUUGAAAGUUUCCUUGUCAUGAUUGAAAUAGUGAAUGUUGCCAUGGGCUCGCUUUGGGAUUCUAGUGUACGUGGGAAUGAGUCACCCCUUUUAUCCAACUUCUGUUUGCUUUUGGUCAGAAUGUAACACUCAGCAACUUUUUUAAAUUCCAUUUGUUUUAUAAAUUGGCACCACAAUAUGCUACAGUCACGGUAGUACAUGUUUUUCCUACUGUGCAACAGGCUGUUUUGUCAAAUUAUGUUCAGAAUUGUUUACAAUUUCCAGCAUAAAAGCAGACUAUUGUACCCACCCAUCCCCAUUGGCACCAAUACUCCACUCAGGCCUACCUCUACCCUUUUGAGUACAAAUUAAUCAGGACAAACCUCUUCCUGCUCAGCUGCUCUGUCCUUAAGAUAUCUCUGCUGUUUGUUUCGCUGCUCACUCUGGUUGUGAGUUCCACAUUCGUAAUGCUGCUACAGUAAAGAAGCUUCUUCUCAAUUCCCAGCUUGACUGCCUUCUAUUGGCCACCUCCUCACAAAUAGAAAUCCUUGUUUUAAUGUCCACUCAUUCUGAACUAUUUUCUCAUCCAACAGCCCACUCUUUUCAAGAGGAGUUCCAGCCUGUUUAUCUACUCCUGUGAAGGUGAACAUCAUAUUUCUGCUACCGUCCUUGACAACUCUUUAUUUGCCAGCUUUCCACUUCCUCUGCGUCCCUGUGUGAGCAUAUAUACAUACAGAACUAAUCUAGGGGAGCAAAGACUUGUUAUAAUUAAUCCCAUUUUCGAUUUUAUUACUUGAAAAAUAAACCUAAAUACUUUUUUUCUCGUCUUUUUAUUGGUUGGUACUGUAAAAUCCAUUGUACCGCUACUCAAUUUUGAGUUUAUUUACCCAACAUUUCUUUUUAACAAAAUGUGGAACUGGAACAAGUCUUAUUUCCAAGCAGCUACUUCCAUAUAUGGAAUUACAAUAGACAAUAGGUGCAGGAGUAGGCCAUUUGGCCCUUCAAGCCAGCACUGCCAUUCAAUGUGAUCAUGGCUGAUCAUCCCCAAUCAGUACCCCGUUCCUGCCUUCUCCCCAUAUCCCCUGCUCCGCUAUUUUUAAGUCCUAUCUAGCUCUCUCUUGAGAGCAUCCAGAGAGCCUGCCUCCAUCGCCCUCUGAGGCAGAGAAUUCCACAGACUCACCACUCUGUGUGAGAAAAAGUGUUUCCUCGUCUCCGUUCUAAAUGGCUUACUCCAUAUUCUUAAACUGUGGCCCCUGGUUCUGGAAACAGUGGGCCUGGUUACAGUGAUCUGGAAUAGUCAAACUGCUUAAGAGUCUUAGAAAGAUUUGUGAUGAAACAAUACCAGCUGACAGAGGUAAAGGGAAAUCAACAAUCUAAGCUUGAAUUUAAUAAAAAAAUAAAUGCAGCUUGCAUAUGGAUGAACAAUGACUUAUUUAAGUGCAUGAUAUUUUUAUCUUUAAAUAUUCUGCUCGCUAAC